GACGUGAUCAUGGAACUUAAAUCUGUUGAUGGUAAAUUCUAUCUUUGUGAUCUUGUGUCACUAAGUGUAGAAAAGUUGUUUCCUCAUCAGUUCACACAUUCAUCCUCUCACUCUUUCCACUACCGUCAUGUUUGUUAAUUGCUCUUUUUGUUAUUUCUAUUUAUUUCUAUGGUCAAAUGUUUACAGUAAAACAGUUUUGUCCCUGAUGACCCGCCGUACGAGCGGUGGGUGGGGCCGAAUGUGUGACCACAAAGCUGUACUUCCGUGUUUACUCGCGAUGAUGCUAGUCUUGUUGCUAACAACAAACUGUAGCGAGUGUUUUAUAAAAGUCCCGUGUUUUUACACUUUCAGCUCCUGCAAACACAGACGUGCUGCUAAUGAAGGCUAACACUGUUAGCAUCAGCGUCUGUGCGCCGCACCGAACACGUUAGCUCAUGAUAGCUCAUGUUAGCUCACACAGCAGUAACAGGUGAAGCAGGACACGAACUUCCGGUCAGUGUUAGCCGUUAGCUCGGCUCAAAGCUAACGAAGGAACAGAGAGGCUCGUGAAGACAGACGCCCUCCAGCGGACUGUUCAACAGACGUCCAACAUCUGCUGCUGAUCAAAGAAGAGCUUCACACUGAGAUGAUGACCCGUCCAGAUCAGGAGGAGCCAGAGCAUCCUUACAUCAAAGAGGAACAGGAAGAUCUGUGGACCAAUCAGGAGGAAGAGCAGCUUCAUGACACGGAGGAGGCUGAUGAUGGAAAGUUCUCACUCACUGUUGUUGAAGUGAAAACUGAAGAUGACCCAGAGAGUCCUGACAUCAAAGAGGAACAGGAAGAUCUCUGGACCAAUCAGGAGGUCCACGGCAACAAGUUCUCGCUCUCUAUCGUCCACGUGAAGAUGGAAGACGAUGAGGACGAACCUCAGUCCUCACAGCUUCAUCGAAGUCAACCUGAGGACAGCAGUAAGGCGGAGCCUCCAGACACUGAUGGGGAUGAUCAUCUUCACUCUGAUAAAGAAGACAACGAGAAUUCAGACUCGUCUGAGACUGAAGACAGUGAGGACGAUGGUUUGGAGGAGACCAGAGCUCCUGACCAACGUCAGCCUCACAGACACAAACAGAGAGUUUCUACAGGAGAGAAACCGUUUGUCUGCGACGUCUGUGGGAAAAGAUUCACAAAGAAGUCUAAUCUUAUGAGACACGUGAUGAUUCACACAGGAGAGAAACCGUAUCACUGUGAUGUUUGUGGGAAAAAGUUCACACUGAAGUUUAUUCUUAGAAGACACAUGAGCGUCCACACAGAAGAGAAACCAUGUCACUGCGACGUUUGUGGGGAAACAUUUACACAAAGCAGUUUUCUUAAGACGCAUGCCAGAGUUCAUACAGGAGAGAGACCGAAUGCUUGUGAUAUCUGCGGGAAAAGAUUUACAAAGACGUCUACACUGAAGAGACACAUGUUGGUCCACACUGGAGAGAAACCACAUGGCUGUGAAACCUGUGGGAAGAGAUUUACAGAAAUGAGUGAUCUUAAGAGACACAUUUUGGUCCAUUCUGAAGAGAAACCCUGUAGUUGUGAUGUUUGUGGGAAAAGAUUUACACUGAAGUGGAAUCUUAAGAAACACAUGAUGGUCCAUGCAGAAGAGAAGCCGUAUCACUGUGAUGUUUGUGGGGAAAGAUUUUCACAGAAGUCUCUUCUAAACAAACACAAGAGAGUCCACAUCGAAGAGAAACCAUGUGUCUGUGAACUCUGUGGGAAAAGAUUUACAUAUAAAAGUUUUCUUAAAAAGCACAUGAGAGUUCACACGGGAGAGAAACCGUGCAGCUGCGACGUUUGUGGGAAAAGAUUUGCGAAGAACAGCGACGUUACGAGACACAUGGCUGUCCACGCAGGAGAGGAACUCUUCGGAUGUGAUUUUUGUGAGGAAAGAUUCACGAGCAGGUUGGACGUAAAGAGACACACGUUCGUCCACACGAGAGAGAAUCUGUGCAGCUGUGAUGUCUGUGGGGAACGAUUCACACAGAGGAGUUCUCUGGCUACACAUAUGAAGGUUCACACGGGGGAGAAACCGUGUAGCUGCAACAUCUGCGGGAAAAGAUUCAUCAGGAACAGCGAUGUGAAGAGACACAUGGUGGUUCAUACAGGAGAGAAACCCUUCAGCUGUGACGUGUGUGGGAAACACUUUGCUCUCAAGUUUAACCUGAAAAUACACAUGAACGUUCAUUCAGGGGAAAAACAGUGAUGAUGUUUGUAGAAACAGAUGCACACUCGCGGCGCUCUGUGAACGUUGGUUCUUCAGCUGAAACAGAAAAAUAGUGACAAAGUGAAAAAAUGCUGGUGUUGUGUGUAUUUCCACCUGAGUAACACGGAAUCACUCGACUAUCCUGAAAAAACAAAAGAAAAACUGCUCCGAAGUACGUUUGUAGUUUUAUCUGCGUUUUAAAAAAACACUUUCAGUACACUGUGAUGUCUAAAUGUAUAAACUUCCCUGUUCACCCUCUCACCUGUGAACAGCUGACUUUACUGAUGCUGCCGUAACAUCAUGAGAAUUAUAAAUAAACAAUAAACAUUGACGCCCA